UCAGGUGCGGAGAGUGAGGCUCAGGGAAGAAGCAGAUGAUAUGGCAGCUUUGAGUGUGACCAGGUGGAACUUGCUUUGUUCAUGCGACUAAACCUCAGGACAUGAACACACCGUGACUCCGACACGGCGUCGGGGCAGCUGCUCGAGAUGAUUUACCUGAUCCUCAUUUCCGUGUUCUCCGGAGCGGUCGCCACGUUGAUAGUUCAGUUCUUGCUGAUCUACCGGAGGAGCCCGGAGCCCGCAGGCAGGACGGUGCAGUAUGUGAAAGUGGUGCCUGAAAACGCACUGAAGGAUUACUUUAAUACCCAGCAUGCCGAGGCAGGGCAGCAGCAGCAGGACAACACGGCAGCUGCCGCCGCCGCCGCCGCCGCACACAGGCAGCAGGAGGCCGCCUCGGCGCGGCAGCAGGAAGCGGCUGUCACCGGCGGCAGCCCCAAACAGCCGCCGACACACAGCGAACCCGGGGACGCCAACAAACCCGAGACGUGCAAUUUCCUCAACGCGAUAUUCAUGUUCCUGUUCAGGGAGCUGCGCGACACCCCGGUGAUCCGACACUGGCUCACCAAGAAGAUCAAGGUGGAGUUUGAGGAGCUGCUGCAGACCAAGACGGCGGGUCGCCUCCUGGAGGGGCUCAGCCUCAGAGACAUCUCCCUGGGCAAUUCUCUGCCCGUCUUCAAAACCGCCACACUCAUGAAGCCGGUGCACCUGAACGAGGACGGCAUGCCGGAGGAGCUCAACUUCGAGGUGGACAUCGAGUACAAUGGCGGCUUCCACCUCGCCAUCGACGUGGAGCUGGUGUUUGGGAAGUCUGCCUACCUGUUCGUCAAGAUGCGGCGCGUGGUGGGCAGGCUGAGGCUGCAGUUCACGCGCAUGCCCUUCUCCCACUGGUCCUUCUCCUUCCUGGAGGACCCGCUCGUGGACUUCGAGGUGAAGUCUCAGUUCGAGGGGAGACCGCUGCCCCAGCUCACCUCCAUCAUCGUCAACCAGCUGAAGAGGGUGAUCAAAAAGAAACACACGCUGCCCAACUACAAAAUCAGAUACAAGCCCUUCUUCCCGUUCCAAGUGCAGCCUUCGCUGGGUUCGGCCUGUGAUCUGGACCUGUUGGUGCAGGAGAGCAAGCUGGGGGAAGGCCGACUCAAAGUCACCCUCAUUGAAUGUAGCAGACUGUUCAUCCUGGGCUCCUAUGAUAGAGAAACCUAUGUUCACUGCACUCUGGAGCUGAGCAGCCACCAGUGGAAGGAGAAGACUCGCAGCUCUAUCAAACAGACGGAGGUUUUCAAGGGGCUAUGUGGCAGCGUGGGGAUGACCUUCAGGCAUGUUCCUGCCACUGAGGGGGACGCAGUCCACGUCAGCAUUGAGACGGUCACACCCAACUCUCCUGCAGCCAUGGCAGAUCUGCAGCGGGGCGAUCGCCUCAUUGCCAUUGGAGGUGUCAAAGUGACAUCCUCAGUUCAAGUACCCAAACUUUUGAAGCAGGCUGGAGAAAGGGUAGUGGUCCGUUAUGAGAGACCAGUUCGUCACCAGACUUCCUCUUUGGGAAGCUUAGGAACUCUUCAGGAAGGCUUUGGACAGCUUGAGGAAACCGGUUUUAUCCCUCAGCCAGGUGGCUAUGAGGAAGACCCAGCCCCCAUCACCACCCUUUCUGACAUAUCCGAUGGCAAAGACAUGGACUCUGAGUUUGAAGAGUUGAUUGUGGAUUCCAAACCUAGUCAGACUGGUAGCCCUAAUAACAGUACCACAAAUACCAGUGAAACUAAGGAGGAUUUCUUACUUACAGUAAACCAAAGCCCCAAAAGGACUGUGGCCAACUUGGCCUCCAAGCCCCUUGGUACCAUAUCACCCAUUCUAAACCGCAAGUUAAACCUGGUGGGUCUUCAGUCACCAUUAAAGCCUCAUCCCAAAGAAUCACCAAAGCCCUCACCACAUAAGACCAGUAGUGAUCCAAGUGAGGGUCUGCAGCGCCCCACCGUUCCUCCCCCACCUCCUCCCUCUCGCCCCCCAGUGCCGCCAAGACCUCAGAUAAGGUUGACAACAGCCUCUUCAGAAACCAGUCUUUUUGAAAGUGGCGAUUCUGUUACAACUUCUAAUGCAACUGUUGCUCCUAUAGUGACUGCCGCCACUAGUGCUUCUGAAAAAUCUCCAGAAAAGGUUCCUCUCACUGGAGCCAAUGAGGAGAAGGCUGGCACAGAGAAAAUGUGUGUCAAACAGGCUGACACAAAGCAGUCCACUAAGCCAAAUGAGUCCACUGAUGAGCUGCCAGCCCUUCCCACUGCAACCAGCAGUAGCAAGGCUGAUCAAGCAAAGGACAAAGCUUCAGAGAGCUCGUGCAGCACACGAGACAGUCUAGAGGACCACUCCAUUUGGGAAUCUCCAGAAACCAUGUUUCGUAAUCAGACAGCACGCUGGCCCAAAGCCUCGAUGGUGUUUGAUGUGGAGAGCAAUCACAAGUACCUUAAUGUGGCCCUGUGGUGCAAAGAUCCCUUUAAGCUGGGUAGUUUGUUGUGUCUGGGUCAUGUGAGUCUCCAACUGGAGCAUGUAGCCCUGGAAUGUAUGGCCACAUCUUCAGCAGAGUACCAGAGCACCUUUAGGCUAGGGCCUCCAGAGCCCAAAGCCAAUGUCAGCCGCACUGCACUACGGAGUCUCGGCACCCACAAGGGCUUCAAUGAGAAGCUGUGUUAUGGAGAUGUGACCCUGAACUUCUGCUAUUUAGCUGAGGGUGACUUUGAGUUUCCAGGGGGGCUGGUAGAAAGAGAGCGAGAGGGAAGUCUGCUUGAUGAAGAUCUAAAGGAGAGGGAGAGGGAACAUAUCCCCUCAGCACCACGGGAUGACUUGGCCUUUGGCACCAUGCAGUUGGUAGAGGUUCGUCACAACUUCCAGGACACACAGUUCCAGAACCCCACCUGGUGUGAAUACUGCAAGAAGAAGGUUUGGACCAAGGCAGCCUCUCAGUGUAUGAUCUGCGCCUAUGUUUGCCACAAGAAGUGCCAGGACAAGUGCCUCUCUGAAAAUCCCUUCUGUGUGGCAGCAACUGAACGUCGUGGAGCUGACCCUGAAGCCAAAUCCACCAUUACCCGGGCGACUGGACUAACGCGCCAUAUCAUCAACACCAGCUCCCGCCUGCUUAAUCUGCGGCAGGUACCUAAGACUCGGCUAAUUGAGCAGGUGGUUGAUGUGGUGCCUGGAGCGGUGGAACCCUCACCCAAGCAUACACCCAACACUUCAGACAAUGAGAGCAGUGAUACAGAGACCUACACCAGUGGUGCCAGCCCCUCAAAGCAGCCCGUCAGCUGUGGUGGCAGCAGUAAACUUGUACGCAAGGAAGGUGGGCUGGAUGACAGUGUGUUCAUUGCUGUGAAGGAGAUAGGGCGUGACCUGUACCGGGGGCUGCCCACAGAUGAGCGCUCCCAGAAGCUUGAGUUGAUGCUGGAUAAGCUGCAGCAGGAAAUUGACCAGGAGCUGGAGCACAAUAACGCCCUUGUGCUAGAGGACAAGGAGGCCACAGAUGCCCGUCGCAAAGCCCUUAUUGGUACUGCCCUGGCCAAAUCUGGGGAGAGACUGCAGGCCCUUACCUUGCUAAUGAUCCAUUACCGGGCUGGGAUUGAAGACCUAGAGUCGGUGGAGAGCACCUCUCCUUCAGAGCAGCAAGGUUUUAAAGGAAAAGGAGAAGGCCUAGAAGACGAUGCCUUGAUGGGGACAGAGGUCUAUGACAGUGACAUCUGCAGCCCAGUGGAGGUGCAACUGCUAGAUGACAUUACCGAGGAGCAGAUCUGUGUGGAAGCACUCCACUAAAUAAGACUAGAGAAAUAAGUAAGAGGAACAUGCUCUGUGCACCUUUCUCCCUAUCAAACAGUAUCCUUUUGGACCGGAAUUGCAGCAGUCCGUUUUAAAUAUUGGGGUUGUUGAGGUCCAGUUUUUGAUCCACUUCAUUUUUACAUGAAAGAAAUGAUGGGAAAAGGAAUUUCCUCCCUAAUAAUUCAUGGUAAUCCUGUCAUUGAUGUUUUGAUUUGCACAGUGUGGUGCCGUCCCCAUGCUUUCCAUGUGUCUCUGGGGUUUAAAAGGGAAACUUGAAAGCUACACUUAUCUGCCCUCAGUAGUGCUGCACAUUCAUCCUUCAGUUUAGUUUUUCUCUUCAAAAGGUCAUUGUAAGAAUUUGAUUUGGUUUGCUUUCUUGUAACUGCUUUGGCAUAAGGACUUGGGACUAUGUGCACAUUUAUGUGCUGCUAAUUAAUUAUGAAUUAUCUUAAUUUUGGAGAAAUAGUAUGUAUUUAAUAUUUGUUUGUAUGAAGGUGAAAUAUUGGAGUCAAUAUCAAUGUGAACACUACUAAGGGAAAGUAGGUUUACACAUCCACCUCUGUGUUUGUCUAAUGACCCUGCAAGCAGUCAUACAUAUCUUUUGCUUUGAGCACUGUUUACCGUAAUAUAUUUGGAUUUUAGAAGUGACUUUCCCUGCUCAAAAACUCUUUGUGAUUUCAGCAUGAUUAUAAGUAAAACCUAAUAUAUAAUUUGCCUCUUUCUGUUGAUUUAUUUGUUUGUCUUAGUCAGGCCAAACAUGUUGUUACCCAUAGUUCCUUCCUUCAUAGUUUUCUUUGAAGGAUGUGGAAAUGUUAUUUUUUGGGGUUCUAUUUCUUUUCUAAUAUGUAUGUGCGGUAACCCAAGUUACAUUCUGUUCAGAUUACCCAUUCAACUUCUAAAACUCUACGAAGGCACAUAGCAGACUGUCAUGAUGAGAUGAGAAAGGCACAUAAUUGCCUCUUUUUCAUUGAUUGUUACCAAGGAUCUCUCAUGCUGUUGAAAUUCUCUAACAUUUGUUUAUUUAUCUGGUUAAAUGUGUUUUUUUUCUAUGAUUGUGUGAACAAAUGUUGAUUUGAAACCCUUGUUGUGGUAAAAUUCUGCUUUGUCCUCACAGCUGCAAUUGGGUUUACAUUGGGGCUAAGGGUUGGGGUCAGGCAUUUACUUGUGAUGGUUAGGUUAAGGGGCUACUUCAAGGAGCUGGGGUGUGAUUAAGUGCCGCUCUUUUGGCUUUGUGAGUUGUUUUCAUACCCAAAUGAAUGUAUGUUCGGAUGUUUCUGUUUUGUUUCUAUACAACUGUUUGGCACCACCUUCCCUUGUUUCCCAGCAAAACCAUCAAUCAAGCAUUGAUGUAGCCUAUUACAAUGAUUCUAUCAACACUAUCUACUGCUCCCAAAAUGCCUUGCUGUUCAUCUUUUACACCCUGACAGAGCCUCUGGAAAACAAUUGCUUGUCAAGAGGGCAUAUGUUACUUUUGUGUAUCUCAAGGAAACAUCUACCCUAAA